GGCAGCUCUCCACUGCGUCUUAGCAUAAGAACCACCACAGUGACUUAGCAAAGGAAAACAGUCGCUGAAGACACAUCUUUACUAGGCUGCUACAUAGCACCAGACAUCACAGCCACAAUCUCCAUUUCUUCAAAGAGCAAAGUGAAGAGAAGUUCCCCAGAAACAUGAUUGGCCUGUGGUUCCUCUCUGUUCUCACUUACGGACUUAUGGUGCUUGAGGAGGGCAAUUGCUGGACAUACCACUAUUCAGAAAAAAACAUGACCUAUAAGCUUGCGGAGGAAUGGUGUAGGAAACACUAUACAAAUAUGGUUGCCAUUCAGAAUAAGGAGGAAAUUGUCCAUCUGAAUGCAUUUCUACCCUUCAAUCCAAGUUAUUACUGGAUUGGAAUCAGAAAGAUUGAUAAUGAGUGGACCUGGGUUGGAACAAGAAAACAGCUGACUGAAGAGGCUAAAAACUGGGCUAAGGGUGAACCAAACAACAAAAAGAAUGAUGAGGACUGUGUUGAAAUCUACAUCAAAAGAGAUAAGGAUGCAGGCAAAUGGAAUGAUGAAAGAUGCAGCAAACAGAAGGUUGCCUUGUGCUACGCAGCUUCCUGUAACCAGUCUUCCUGCAGUGGCCAUGGUGAAUGCCUGGAGACCAUUAACAAUCAUACCUGCCUCUGUGAUGCUGGAUUCUAUGGGCCUGAAUGCCAGCAUGUUGUGACUUGCGACCAACUAAAAGAACCCGAUCAAGGGACGCUGGAGUGCAGCCAUCCACUGCAGAACUACAGCUACAACUCAUCCUGUGAGGUUCAGUGUGCAGAAGGCUAUGAAUCAACUGGGUUUGAACCAGUUUGGUGUACCUCUUCCGGAAGCUGGUCUGCACCCACUCCAGCAUGUAGAGUUGUGCAGUGUGAUGGCUUAAAGGCUCCAGCUCAUGGCUCCGUGACGUGUUCUCCUGCCUCUGGGAACUUUCUGUGGAAUUCAACCUGUGAGUUUGCCUGUGAAGAAGGGUUUGUGUUGAAGGGAUCAGACAGGCUGCAGUGCGGCGCUUCUGGAGCGUGGAACGGACAGCAGCCGGAAUGCGAAGUUGUGCAGUGUGAUGGCUUAAAGGCUCCAGCUCAUGGCUCCGUGACGUGCUCUCCGGCCUCUGGGAACUUUCUGUGGAAUUCAACCUGUGAGUUUGCCUGUGAAGAAGGGUUUGUGUUGAAGGGAUCAGACAGGCUGCAGUGCGGCGCUUCUGGAGAGUGGAACGGACAGCAGCCAGAAUGCAAAGUUGUGCAGUGUGAUGGCUUAAAGGCUCCUGCUCAUGGCUCCGUGACGUGUUCUCCUGCCUCUGGGAACUUUCUGUGGAAUUCAACCUGUGAGUUUGCCUGUGAAGAAGGGUUUGUGUUGAAGGGAUCAGACAGGCUGCAGUGCGGCGCUUCUGGAGAGUGGAACGGACAGCAGCCGGAAUGCGAAGUUGUGCAGUGUGAUGGCUUAAAGGCUCCUGCUCAUGGCUCCGUGACGUGUUCUCCUGCCUCUGGGAACUUUCUGUGGAAUUCAACCUGUGAGUUUGCCUGUGAAGAAGGGUUUGUGUUGAAGGGAUCAGACAGGCUGCAGUGCGGCGCUUCUGGAGAGUGGAACGGACAGCAGCCGGAAUGCGAAGUUGUGCAGUGUGAUGGCUUAAAGGCUCCAGCUCAUGGCUCCGUGACGUGUUCUCCUGCCUCUGGGAACUUUCUGUGGAAUUCAACCUGUGAGUUUGCCUGUGAAGAAGGGUUUGUGUUGAAGGGAUCAGACAGGCUGCAGUGCGGCGCUUCUGGAGAGUGGAACGGACAGCAGCCGGAAUGCAAAGCUGUGAUGUGUGAAGCAGUGAACAGGCCUGAAAACGGCUUUGUGGAAUGUACCACCCGUUAUCCAGAAUUCACGUACAACUCGGCCUGUGAGUUCCAUUGUGAGGAGGGCUACAGAUUAAGUGGAUCACCCACCAUUCAGUGCACAGCUCAGGGAGAAUGGUCAGAGCCCUUCCCAAAGUGUGAAGUUGCACAGUGUGAAACCCUGAUACUCCCUGAGAAGGGCUCCAUGAAUUGUUCACACCCUCUUGGGGAUUUUGCAUACAGCACAGUUUGCGAGUUUAACUGUACAGGGGGAUGGUUGCUAAAAGGCUCUAACAUACUUCAGUGUGGCGCUGCAGGGAACUGGACUGCAAGUCAGCCGACAUGCGAAGCUCCCCAAGUGCCUGAAGAACUGCUCAGUUACGUCUCAGUUGGAAUAGCAGCCACCGGAGCCUCACUCCUGUCGACAGCAUCAUUCCUCAUUUGGCUUGUAAAGCGCCUUCGAAGGAAAGCAAAGAAAUUUACUCCUGCCAGCAGCUGCCAGAGUCUCAAUUCAGAGUGUACCUUCCAAAGCACUGCUCAUCUAAUCUAACGCCAAGUGACUCUGGAAUUGAAGCUAUCUUCACUGAUGCCUCAGAGCUGCUCAGGAAAUGGAGCUAUGCAGUCCUCAGCAAGCGGCCAGGUGUUGAUACAUCUUGCUGACAAGAUGAUUAGCCUUGGGUCUUGCUACUAAAUACUGAGCUCAGUCAUCUGGUUCUGCCACUGAAGAGAAGCAAGCUGUGGGUAAAACCUUAGCUGUUUACCAAGAGACUACAUGGGUCCCACCAACGUACAGCUACAGUGAUUGGGAGAUCUCUAUUCAUUCUCUGGAUGGGGAAAAAAUAAGCUGCUGUCUAUGGGAGAGGUUGGACUCCUCUAGGGUCAGUCUGUAGGUACCAGGGUGGAGUGAACACUUUGCAAUAUACAUGGCUGGAGAUCUCUCCCAUGGAAACACAUGGGUCACAAUUUUUAAAGCAAAAUAGUUAGAAUGGGAAAUAUCUGUGGAAUUUCCUUACAAACCAUUGAUUUGGUUCACUGGUAAUUGUUGAAGUAAAUGUACUGUAACAAUAUGUCACAGUUAAUCAAUCUGCUUGUAACACUAUGGUCAGGGUGUUUUGCUGCAGUUCCCAGUGAGUUUUUAUAUUGUAACUUUAAACCUUUGCUAAUGGGAGCACUAUCAGAGUUAGUAAUUAUGCCAGGCACCCUGGUUCGUGAAUGCUGCAAGUAGACCUGAAACAAUUUCAUCCCCAUGGGAUUAAGUAUUGUAAUCUAUAUAAAUAUAUAUUUAGUUUCUUGUGCACUUUCUUCUGCAUGUAAUUCUAUACUGUUUGUAAAUUGUAGAACUGCUGUAGGAUAUCUGCCCUAGAGUUCAGAAUCAGAGAUGUUCUGCAAAAAGUAUGUGACAUCUACUCUGUUCAGAUAAAAUAGCCUGUUGUAUAAUGCAAAAGGUAGUGACUACAGACCUUCUGUGUACUUAUUCCUUCAAAUUUAUCUGUCAUUUAGGGACAGACAUGAUUAAAGGUCUGUAUGUGCAUUCAUGUGUGUCUGAACAUAACAUAACACUAGAUAGAAGUAAAAUGUCAUGUUUAGACCUUUGGGGUCUAAUCCUACUCUCAUUAACACUGAUGGCAAAACUCCCGUUAAUUUCAAUGAUUCAGGAAAAGGCCCUUCAUAACUUACAAGUUGUUCUUUGUGACACCUUCAUGAAUAUUGCGUUUGAUAACAUUGCGUACACAAUAGUCCAAUGAAAAGACCUGAGGUCAUAUUUUAGUGGCUGAUGUUUUUGUAAGAAGCAGUUAUGUGCGACUGAAUAUUUGGGGGCAGAGCUUCACCUGAUAUAAAUUGUCACAGCUCAAUCAGAGGUACCCUUUUAUGGUUUUCAUGUCUGUAUAUUAUUUAACUAUAAACUGGCAGCAUAAGAAGAUGUUUAUAUAUAAUGAAUAUAAUCUGCUUAGGUUUUAUAUUAUCAGUAUGGUUUUGAAUAAGUUAUGUAUUUAAUGUAUUUAUGAUUACACAGAAGUGACUGCUUUCAA